UUUUUUUCAGAUUUUAAAAAAAAAAUUUUUAACUUCCUCAAAAUGUCAGAAGUUUGGAACCAUUUUUAUAUGGCCCCUAACGGUCUUUCAGUCAACUGCAAUCACUGCGGCAAAUUUAUGAAGCGUUCAGAUUCUUCAACCAAAUCAAUGUGGGGGCAUCUAAAAGCCUUCCAUUCCGACCUUGUUGGGGAAGAAACUUUUCGUCUUAAAAGAACCCGAAGAAUGAGAGGAGAAAACAACGGGGACAGCACCAAAAAAAGUAAAACUUCGAGGCAGAAAAAGCUAAAAAUUGAAAAUUUGGAAAAUAAUACAGAAUGCCAAAAUUCGCAAAAUUCGCAAAAUUCCCAAAAUUCGAGUAGUUGUAGCAGCAAUAUAAGUGAAAAUAAUAGUUCUGAAGAGGAAGGGGAAGAUAAUAUUAAAAAUUCUGGUGGUUUUGAGUAUUGCAGUAGUGGGAAUAGUGGAAGCAAUACUCCUCUAUUUGCUGAAGGGAAGCGGCAAAUGAUUAAAGAAGAAGAAAAUGAGGAAGGAAAACACUUUGAAGUCAAUUCUGCUUUAGAAAGGGGUAAACAACCGAUGGGUACUGCCCUCUCUAUUCAGACACUUUUGAAGUUGGAAGAGAAUGAAGAUGGGAUGAAGUGUCCGCAAAGUGUUGGGGGGAAUGCUGACCAGAAAUUUGAGUUAUCCCACCAACAACUUGUUCAACUCUCAACUCUACAAAAUCAACAAAAUUUGAUUAACAACCAAAACCUUCUCUUUGGGUUACCCACAUCAAGUACCCCUUCAAUUACCUCCUCCCUUUCCUCAUCAUCUACCUCCCCGCCCAAUUUUCCUGUCCGAACAACACCUUCAAAUAUUCAAAAAUCUCCUUCUAACACCCCUUCCCUUACAAAAUAUUCAACUGCUGCUUUAUUACAAAAUCAACAGCAACAAAAAGAAGGCAAAUUGUCUCCAAUACACGGUUCUGAAGCACCUCUACAUUCAAUUAAUAAUUUAAAUUUUGAAAUGACUCAACAACAAAAUUUGCCUUUUGACCCUCAAAUUCUUGCGAGGCUAGAAACUGCUGCUGCAAUAAACCAACUAUCGCAAUUGCAACAACUCGAAAAUAGUGCAAUGCUUCAACAAUUACAGCAGAGAAACACACAAACAAAUGAACAACAGGUUUUGCAACAACAAACAUUAAAUGAAAUGUUUGCCUUGUUUGCUGCUUCAGAAUUGUUUCAACAACAAAAUCAGAAUUUUAACUCAACAAAUAUAAAUCAGAAUUUUCAACAACAACAAGCUUUUGCAACUUGGCUGUGUAACUUGGAAUGGAUGGCAGCAGUGCAGAGAGCACAACAACAACAAACAUCAUUAAAACAAUCAGAACAAGAAAUAAACAAACAACAUAAACAAUGUUUGGAUGAACAUGUUUUGAAUGGAAAUAAAAAUAAUUUAACAACAAAAACAUCCAAAACAAACAUUUCCAAACAACAAAACCAACAAACCCUUUCCCAACAAAACAUUCCCCAACAAAACAUUUCUCAACAAAACAUCUCUCAACAAAACAUCAAUUCUUUCCCUCCACAAACAUUUCAACAACAACAAACAACAUCAGAAACAUUUGCUACAGCAUUACAACAAGUUUUGUUUUCCCAAACACAAUCAGAACAACAAAUGAACAAGCAAUGUUUUUCUGAUUUAAAUAAACACGCGCCAACAACUAAAACUGUACAAAAACGCAAAAGUGGCCUCACUUCAGCUACACUUUUAGCUACACCAACACCCUCAACAUCAGAACCUCCCUCUACCCCUCUUCAAGUCUUAGCUGAAACAGCAUCUUCACUAAAUAAUAAAAUGUUUCCAACUGUUUCUACAAAUGACAGACAACCUUCUCUACCCAAAAUUCCCCGCCAAGAAAAUUUUUCGUUAAAACAGCAGCAGUUAAUUAAUGAACAUCAUUUGGCCGAAUCUUUAGCUGAAUCUUUGGUGCUGUAUGGAAUGCACAGAAUUGCUAUGGAUUUACAACUCUCAUAUUCUGUACAGGCUAAUAAACAGGGAAAAGCUGAAUAUGCUUUUUACAAAAAUUCGGGAGGGAUCUCAACCAUUCAAAGUAUGGUAACCCUGACAGAAUCAACAGAUCAACAAAUGCUCAAUAUUCGAGAAUAUGCCAAUGGAACAAUUGUCUCUGAAGAAUAUUGGCCCAAAAAUUCAGAACCUUGUUCCUUACUAAAUUCUUUGAGAGAUAAAUGCCAAAAAAGAUUAUUUUGUACUUUGUAA